CCGGAAGCGUGCGGGCACGUCCAGGGUUCUGACUCCCCGGAGCGGCCGGGCCGGGCCGGGACCAGCCGGUGGCUUCCAGGCUGCGCCCCCUGUGCCUUUAGGAGUCCGGGGUCCGUGCGAGCCGCCGCGGGCGCUGCUCCCGGCGCUGCUCCCGGCGGCUUCCCCUCGCCUCUGCUCCCCUCGCCUCUGCUCCCUGACCUUGGCGCCGGGUCGGGCCGGAUGGCGGCCCGGUUCGCGGCGGGCCUGGGCAGGGCUGCGGGUCCGGGCUGGCGGGCCCCGGCCGUCCUGGGGCGCGCCCGGCCCGCGCCCGGACACCGGACGCUGCAUCUCACCGCGGCCGUCGCCGCCGGACACAACAAGUGGUCCAAAGUCCGGCACAUCAAGGGCCCCAAGGACAUGGAAAGGAGCCGCAUCUUCUCCAAGCUCUGCUUGAGCAUCCGCCUGGCGGUGAAAGAGGGCGGCCCCAACCCUGAGCUCAACAGCAACCUGGCCAACAUCUUGGAGGUGUGUCGCAGCAAGCAUAUGCCCAAGGCAACAAUUGAGGCGUCUCUGAAAAUGGAGAAAAACAAGGGAGUUUAUUUGCUGUACGAGGGCCGCGGCCCUGGUGGCUCCUCUCUGCUCAUUGAGGCGUUAUCCAACAGCGGCCAUAAGUGCUACUCGGACAUCAGACAUAUCCUGAACAAGAACGGGGGCAUGAUCGCUGAAGGUGCUCGCCACUCCUUUGACAAAAAGGGGGUGGUUGUGGUGGGCGUGGAGGACAGAGAGAAGAAGGCUGUGAACCUGGAGCGUGCCCUGGAGCUGGCCAUCGAAGCAGGAGCUGAGGAUGUGACGGAAGCGGAAGAUGAAGAGGAAAAGAACAUUUUUAAAUUUAUUUGCGACGCCUCUUCACUGCAUCGAGUGAGGAAGAAGCUGGACUCCCUGGGUUUGUGCUCUGUGUCCUGUGCACUUGAGUUCAUCCCCAACACGAAGGUGCAGUUGACUGACCCUGACAUGGAGCAGGCCUCUUACCUCAUCCAGGCUCUCAGCAACCACGAGGAUGUGAUCCAGGUCUACGAUAACAUCGAGUAGCCGUGCUGGACGUGCUCCUGGCUCCUUCGGGGGCAGGCGGCCCCACCUUGGCCGCACAGGCUUCAGCAGCGUCUCCGAGGCCGGAGCAGUGCAGGGCUAAGAAAUUAGGAGGCUUCCGAACAGGACCUGCAGCUUUGGGUCCCUCCGUGGGAGUCCUGCUGGUGUCUCGGGGCACCCGGGGGUGCAGGGCGGGGCUAGUCAGGGGCCACAGGUGCUCCAGGCACCGGGCACUGUGCUUGAGUACUGAUGGUGGUCGGUCUGGAUCGCCGCCCCACUGGCUCUUGAGUUCUUGGGUUCAGAGCCAGCUUUGGGGACCCUCUUGAUGUUCUUUCAAGCCCAUGGGCUUUUUCGGCCACAAUCCCAACACUCUUGUUUAUUGUUUAACUGACCACAGAAAUGGGAGUUCUGCCCAGGCGCAGCACGGGCAAAUGCUGAUCGGAAAACAGGGCUCAACCUGCCAUUCAUUCAUACAACGAAUAUUUAUUAAACGUCUGCUUGCACCAGGAUUCUGCUUACCAAGAGCUUACCAAGUUGUUCAGGGGAGGACACAGGACACGUUCUGCCAGAGCUGUGCCAGGGCAGUGUGUGCUGUGGUCAGGGAUCCGUGUUCUCUUGGUGGCCUCUGGGCCCGUUAGCAAGAAGGCGUAAGACUCUGUUCUAAUAGGAAAUGAGGUACCAGUGAUAAUCGGAACGCCCAGCCCUGCUUUUCCCGGGGCCCCCUCUGAGAUGGAUCAUGUGGGUAACUCAGCGGAUUGAAUUUUCCUCAGAAAAAGGAGCUGUGCAGCGGGUAGGGCAUCUGCCUUGCACACAGCCUGGCAUCCCAUAUGGUCCCCCAAGCACUGCCAGGAGUAAUUCCUGAGUGCAAAGCCAGGACUAACCCCUGAGCAUCGCUGGGUGUGACCCAAAAAGCAAAAAAAAAAAAAAAAAAGAAAAGAAAAGAAAAGAAAAGAAAAGAAAAAGGAGCUGUGUAGGGGUCAGAGCCGAAAUACAAUGGUUAAUGCACUUGCCUUGCAUGUGGCUGAACUGGAUUUGAUCCCCAAGGAUCCCAUGUGGUCCUUCAAGCCUUACCAGGAGUGACUGCGGAGUGCAGAGCCAGGAGGAAGCCCUGAGCCCUGCUGGGUGGGAGAUAUAUGGAUAGGUAGAUAAUCUAUAGAUACAUAGAUAUGUAUAAUCUCCAGAACCCCCAUCCCGAGCUCCUUUUCAUCCCUGACUCCAAACAAGGGGACAUGGGCCCCUGGAAACAAGAGCAGAAGGUGGGGUGAAGGCUGAGUCAGAAGCCUCAGCAGGAGGGAAAGAAGCUCCAUGGGGCCCUUUGCUCCCGAGAGCCAUGGCUGGGUGGGCAGCCCAGCCCGCCGCGCUGCAGUCUGGCAGAAGUGUCGGAGCUGGGGGGCUGUGAUCCGGCAAGUUAUCUGCUGCGUUACUUAAGCCAGUCUCAGAUUGCUCUAAGGAGUCUCAGAUAAAUGAGCGUGAAAGCGAUCUAAGACCACAUUGACCAUAAAUUGAUCAUUUUAGCCUCUAGGGAAAAUGUGACUUCAAAUGCUGAAGAGUGACAGUUCUUUUAUUUCUUUUUGGCGGGGAGGGUCACACCCAACGAUGCUCAGGGGAUACUCCUGGUUCUGCACUCAGGAAAUACUCCUGGUGGUGCUCUGGGGACCAUAUGGGAUGCCAGGUAUUGAACCCAGGUGGGCCCUGUGCAAGGCAAAUGCCCAACCUACUGUACUAUUGCUCUGGCCCCAAAGAGUGACAGUUAAGGGGAAGAAAACCACUAAAAUUGAGUCGGAAAUUAGGUGCCGGUGAUAAUAGGGACUCUCAGCCCUGCUUUUCCCCUUCUGAAAUGGAUCACGUGAAUAACUCAGCAGAUUGAACUGCUCUCAGAAAAGGGACUAUGUAGAGGCUUUUCUACAGAGCCAUAGUACAGUGGGUAGGGCACUUGUUGGAGAAAUAGUACGAGAAUUAAGGCACCGGGGCCAGAGUGAUAGCACAGCAGGUAGGGCAUUUGCUUGCAUGUGGCCGACAUGGGUUCAAUCCCAGGCAUCCCAUAUGUUCCCCCAAGCACUGCCAGGAGUAAUUCCUGAGUGCAGAGCCAGGAGUAACCAUGAGCAACGCUGGGUGUGACCCAAAAAGCAAAAAAAAAAAUAAGGCAUUUAUCUUGCACAUAGCCAACCCAGGUUCAGUCCCUGGUACCCCCUAUGGUCUUCUAAGCCCUGCUAGUUGUGAUCCCUGAGUGUAGAGCCAGGAGGAAGCCCUGCAUAUUGCUGGGUAUGGCCCCAAAACCACAAAAAGAAAAAAACAGUGAAAUAAUCCACUAUAUGCCAAAGCAUAUGCUUAUAUACCUCACUUCACAAUCUAGAUGCUGCCUGUAAUCUUUAGUUUGUAUAGAGAGAACAUGCUGAUAUUUAAAUGGCACUUUACAAAAUCAGGAUAACUUGGGGCUCGAGCGAUAGCACAGUGGUUAGGGCAUUUGCCUUGCACGUGGCUGACCCGGGUUCAAAUUCCAGCAUCCUAUAUGCCCCCUUCCCGCCCCCCCCAGCACCACCAAGAGUAAUUCCUGAGUGCAUGAGCCAGGAGGAACCCCUGUGCAAUGCUGGGUGUGACCCAAAAAGAAAGAAAAAGUAAGGUAAAAUCAAGAUAACUUGACUGGAUGUGGCUCGGUGGAAGAGAGCGUGUGAGACCGUGGGUUGGACCCUUGGCAUUGUAAAAUAAUAAAAUAUGGCAAGUUGAAGUUUAAAUGCUUCAUAAUGUAUAAAAUAUUUACAACAAAUGUUUAAAAAUUAUCGGCCAAGUAUGUGCCCAGAUGAUUCAUACCAAAGCAGGUAAGAAUGCAUCUAAUACUACAGUGUGUGUUGAUCUUGGUUUAGCUCUGUUUCUAAUUUGUUGAAUGAAUUUUGUAAUGGCUAUUUCUUAAAUGUUGAAUAUAAAUAUAAUUUGGCAGAAUUUGA